CUAGAGUAGUGUAGUCGUGUUUAUUUGAGCGUUAGUUUUUUUCGUAAUAAAAGAAAGCGGUCCGUGGUUACCUCACAGCGGCUUAAGUGUAAAGUGUCUGGCUAGGCAUCCAACCUACGAAUGUUGGACUCCCAGUAGGCCAAAGAUAGACAAUAAAAUGAAGGCCGACCCAGAGUUGAUGUUCGAAUGUUUGAUCUACAUAAACGCCUACUACUACCCAGUGUAUGCCGUCAGUGAAGCCGUUAUGACACUGGCCAAGUACUUGAGCGAAAAAAAGGAUACACCGAAUUUGGGCCAAGAUGCUAUUGUUUGCUUCGCCAGGAUAUUUGUCGAUUUAUUCAAGAUUCUGCUGUUCAAUAGGUUCAAGGAGACUUGCAGAAAAACAGUGACCUUCCUCAACGUACUGAUGGCAGCCUUCAUCAUCGUGACCGUUCUAUAUACGCUAAUGAUCCAAUAUCCUACUCUGAAGCUAGAAAAUGUGCUAGCGUCGCUCUCGAUACUGAUGAAUGUAACAGAAAUAUUCUUUGGAUUGUGGUUCCUUAUGCCUUGUUAUAAGAAAGUUGAAUAUUUUUGAAAUAGAACUUUUCAUAGAUUGAGUUAUGCAUUCCAUGGGAUACAUGAUAUAGAGACAUGGGCGCGCGCAGGAAUUUUUCUCAGGGGAGCUGAUCUGCAUCAGGAGAUAACUUACUGUACAUUGGUAGCAAAUACUAAAAACCCACAAAAUCUUGCAGAUUAUGCAGAUUUCAAGGUACAAUCAAAAUCUAAGGGGAAUGAAAGGUUUUGUUUCUUUGUGAUCACAAUCCUUCACUUGCUUACGCGUAGUCACGUGGGAUGUCAAUAUUAGACCCCUAAGAAAUAUUCACUGUGGUUUUAAAGCACAUUGCCCUAAAUUUUAUCACAAUCGGUUGCCGUCAGUUACUGAUAUUACGCGGCCACAAAGCUAACCGAAACGCCUCCCCUUGAUGCUAACAUUACAAAACAUAAACAAUAUUACAUAGUAAAUCAUUUAAUUAACAAUUAUAAUUUUAAAAAGAGGUUUAAAAAGAGGUAUUACUGCUGCUAGAAUUGAUUUUAUAC